AGCAAUUCUCCCGGUAAGAGGGAUACUCUCAAUCACUAUGGCUACCCCCAAAGCAGGAUCGUCUAGCCAGAACAACACGACACAAUCCACCAAAGCUUCCCAGACGCAGAAUGAAUCUCAAGAGACGGAAUGGGAUGUCCUUGAGAUAUUGGAGGAACGUCAACGUGGAUCUCGGACCGAGUAUCGGGUCAAAUGGGAUGGUUUAGAUGAUCAAGGGAACGAAUGGGAUCCAAGCUGGGUCAAAUCGACAGAUUGUUCCGCAGAGCUUAUACAAACUUGGCAAGCCAAAAAAGCCCGGUUGGGUUUGGAGAGCCCGGCUGAUAGAGGGAAGAAGAAGGUUAAAGAGGGAGAAGAUAGGAAACGGAGAAGGGAGAGUGAUAUGGCUGAAUCUGCUAAGAAGCAAAGAGCUGGAACUCCGCCGAAGAGAAGUCUCAGGAGUACCGCUUCUGUGUCUCAGAGCCCAGCUACGAAUGUAAUGUUAGACUCGAGACGGAAGAAAGAGAUUAUAAGAUCUACUGAUAGUCCUCUGGCUGAACAACCGGUCAAGCAAUCAGGACAGGCUUUGAGCUCAAAAUCUCCUGAAAGAUCCGAGAAGAAGACAAACGGGACGACUGUUGAUGUCACGGAUCGACAUUCAGGUGACGAGCACGUUGAUUCAAGUAACGAGCCAUCUUCCACACGUCACUCUAUCAUCGUGACUCAAUCCAGCAAUCUCACUUCUCAACCUCACGUAUCUUUCGAUCCCAUAGAUCUCUUUUCCAGUCCUCCGUCAGGCGGUGAGAAUGGUCUCAUGAC